CGUCUCUUUCCUUCGAAAUUGUGAAAUGGAAAUAAGGAUUCAGUUUGAGAGCCCGAUGUUUUUGGUUUAUUUCAAUUUUCUGCAAAGUUUUAAUUAAAUUUAAUGGCUCAUGACAAAAACCGGACGAGCGGCUCGAUCGGCUCGAGCGGUUAACCGCCUCGGCCGCUCAUCAACCGCUACAUAAAACCGAAGCGGCUUUUAGACUGUUCCGAGCCGGUUUUGUGACCGGGUGACGGUUUUACCGGUCGGGCCGAGCGGCUCUACUAAGCUUUAAUAACACUGCUAAAAACUGUCAAACAAAUCUCAAACGUCUACUUAAUUAUAUCUAAGAGUUUAACAAAAAUGUUACGACCGUCUUUUGUUGUAUAUCAACUGGACUCUUUCCCGAUAGCAUCUACAGUAGCCAGACGAAGGAGCAUCAAAGAUCCCUCCGUUUGUCUUAUCCCUGAGUUCCACGCCCUUUAUCUAGGCCACAAACCUCCCAACAAUAGGGCUCAUCAUUAUCCCCACACAACAACAACAACAAACACGUGUCAAAAGUCAACCAUGGUUCUCAACUUCCUAUUAUCCUGCAUGCUCCAUUCUUUCCGCGCAUGCUACACCCCCGGCGCCGCCACGGCAAAAGGUGACAUCAGCGCCUACUACUUCCUCGUAACAGCCAUCCCUCUCCUGCUAUCGACGGGGCUCCUCCUUUCCCGCUUCCUCAGAAGACAAAAACAGGCCCCACUGCCUCCCGGUCCGACCGGGUUGCCGCUGGUCGGUUACCUCCCCUUCCUCGGGACCCACCUCCACCGCGAGUUCACCGCUCUCGCCGCCACCUACGGCCCCAUCUACUCGCUCCGGCUAGGGAGGAAGCUUUGCAUGGUGGUCAGCUCCUCUUCAUUAGUCAAAGAGAUCGUCAGAGACCAGGACGCCGUCUUCGCCAACCGCGACCCGCCCAUCUCCGCCGUGGUCCUGACUUACGGCGGCGAUGACGUGGCAUUCUCGAACUACGGCCCACUCUGGAAGAAGCUCCGAAAGGUGUUUGUGAGGGAGAUGUUGGGUGGGGCGAAUCUGGAGGAAUGCUACGGGCUAAGGAAGCAGCAGGUGAGAAACUCCGUCAAAGAGGUGCACAAGAGAUGUUCCGGCGGGGAAGCGAUGGAUUUCGGCGAAAUGGCGUUCAAAACGACGACGAACGCCAUGCUGAGCAUGUUGUGGGGAGGAGUGGCGGGGGACGACGAGGGGUUCUACGGCGAGUUCAGGGAGCUGGAGUCGGAGAUGUUGGUGUUGAUGGGUACGCCGAACGUGUCGGACUUUAUUCCGGCGCUGGCCAGGUUUGACUUGCAGGGGAUUGAGAAGAAGUCGAAGAGGUUGCUCGACAAGUUCGAUGAGAUUCUGAGCUCGGUGAUCGAGGAGCGGUUGAGGGCGGUUGAGAAGAGGGGAGGCAACGGGAGGAAGGAUUUCUUGCAGGUGUUGUUGGAUCUGAAUCGCGACGGUGGCAGCGACGGUGAAAGUUAUGUUACUACCAAUCAAGUCAAAGCUCUGCUUAUGGACAUCUUGGUGGGUGGCACAGACACAACGUCGACCAUGUUGGAGUGGACGAUGGCACAACUGGUCAAACAUCCAGACGCAAUGUCCAAAGUCUACAAAGAACUCAACGAAAUCGUCGGACAAAACGACAUCGUCGAGGAAUCUCAUCUCCCCAACCUAACCUACCUAGAAGCCGUCAUCAAGGAGACGUUUCGAAUCCACCCAGCUCUGCCUUUGCUAGUGCCACGCUGCCCUAGCAAAACUUGCGAGCUGGGCGGGUACACCAUCCCCAAGGGCACAAUCGUCUAUCUCAACGCCUACGCCCUCCACACCGACCCACAACUAUGGGAAGACCCUCUGGAGUUCAAACCGGACAGGUUCCUCAGCGUGGAGGACGACACGAAGUUCGAUUUCCAAGGGAACAACUUUCAGUUCCUUCCGUUCGGAUCUGGAAGGCGGGUGUGUCCUGGCCAGCCUCUGGCGGUCAACACGUUGAAAUACGUGUUGGCCACGUUAUUGCAUUCGUUCGAUUGGAAGUUGCCGGCGGGGACGGAGCUGGAGUUGGAGGACAAGUUUGGGAUUGUGAUCAAGAAGAUGAACCCUUUGGUUCUUGUUCCUACUCCCAGGCUGUCGAGUUUGGAGCUGUACUAGAAGAUUAAAAAAAAUAAGGGUGGGAAGGCAAGAUGUGUUGGUUGGAAUAUGUUAUGAGGUAGAUGCAUAAAUUUGUCUUGUUUCGCAAUUUCUGGUGUCGUACGUUGUGUUGUGCGAUAAUGUUGUUUAAUAAGCUAAUUGUGGUUGAUUAGUUUGGGUUUGAUGAUUAAUGGCCUUUUGUUGGACUUUAUUGGGGGUCUUUUGUUUAUGAUGGUGGUCGUUUGUUGUUCGAUUGUGGUUCCUUCUUCUUGUUAUUAUACUUUGCCUCUCCCUCCUAGGACAUGAAAAUAGUCCACUGUUGUCUGUGUUAUUAGUUUAUCUUGGUGAACUAGUAGUUUGCCGCCUCGGAUAGGUAACGAGGAAGAGAAUGAGUGGGUUUCCAUGGAUUGGAAUGUAACUGUGGCGGCGGUGACUGUUGAGGUGCAAAAAUAUAAAUAUUUAUAUUUGAC